ACCUCUUUAUCAAGAGCUUUCCUUCACAGUGCAAGUCAGCCCAAGACGUUACAGGCAUUGUUCAGGGAAACCUUCAACUCCACAAUGAGCGAGUACAUGAUGGCUGUGGACCACAGUAAUGAACUGGAGUAUGUUUGUGAUUGGAUUAACUUUGACACCAUCAGUGGCGCCAUCUUCAUUCUGAUCUUCAUCUUCGGUCUCAUAGGCAACAUCCUCGUCGUAUGUGUUAUUUUCAUCUACGAGAAGAUGAAAAAUGCCACAAACCUGUUCAUCCUGAACCUGGCCUGCUCCGACUUGGUCUUCACCUUCACGCUUCCGUUCUGGGCAGUCUAUUACCUGCACCACUGGGUAUUUGGUGACUUUGUCUGCAAAUUGGUGACUGCCGCAAAUUUUCUUGGUUUGUACAGUAGCAUCAUUCUGCUGACUGCCAUGACUGUGGAUCGUUUCAUAACAGUGGUGCUGAACACCUGGCCGAGCAGCCAGCUAAAGAGGGAGAGGUGUGCUAUAGCAGCCUGUGCAGCUGCCUGGGUCAUCAGCAUUGGUGCAGCCGUGAGUGAUGCUGUCAAAGUUCAGGUCGAUGUGAAAAUCGAUUGGGACAUGAAUUUUUCGACAUGUGAGGCUAUUUCUGAUAUCUCUGAUGUCCAACUGGGAUAUUAUCUCCAAGUGUCACUGCUCUUCUUCCUCCCAUUUGCCAUCAUUGUUUUCUGCUAUUCUGCCAUCCUCAAGACCAUUCUGCAGGCUUCAAACAGAAAAAGGUACAGGACUAUAGUGGUGAUGUUCAGUAUCAUUGCAGUCUUCUUCAUCUGCUGGGGUCCUUACAAUAUCUUGAUUUUCAUUCAGGCUUUUUAUGAACCCCGGGGCUGCUACGCGAAGGAACACAUGUUCAUUGCCCAUUCUAUUUUUCGUAUACUUGCCUUUUCUCACUGCUGCAUGAACCCUGUGCUGUACAUGCUCUCACAAAAGUUGCGAAGACAUCUUUUGCAACUUCUACGCUGCCAGAAUGCCCAGAAGAAGAGCACAGACAGGGGCAUCGGCCAGAACACUUCUGUUAUUCAGAAUGUGGCUUUUAUUGCACAAAACUCUGCCGUGAUACUGGAACUACCCUCAAAAUAGACUUUCACUUUUGAAAUGAGACAUUCAUCCAGUCUGUAAAUGCUUCAACGCAAUACUGUUGUUUUUUGGGGGGGGUUUUUGUUUUUUUUGAAUGUAUAUCAUGUUUAAUUUUGGUAUCGCUUCUUUUUGCACGUCUGCAAAUUUCAUUACUCCCUAAUAACCACAAUAAUAUAAAUAAAAAAUGUAUUCAAAAUUAACUGGAAAUUAUUUCAUAAAAACAGUCCACUGUUUUCCAAUAAGCAGUUAAUAGAUGGCAAGUAAAUUAUAUAAACUGUGAAUGGACUAGCAUUUCUGCAAGCGCUUUUCCAGUCUACUAACCAAUCAAAGCGCUUUACAACACCUCUCAGAUUCACCUAUUCACGAUGGUGGAAGCUGCCAUACAAGGUGGCAAUCAGGAGCAAUUUGGGGUUUCAGUAUCUUGCUCAAGAACACUUCAACAUGCAGCCAGGGGGAGCAUGAUUACUUGACGUCCUGCUCCACCUCCUGAGCUACAGCCGCCCUUUAAUCUAUUUCCAGGAAUAUGACGACUGAUUUCUGCCGAAUUAGGUUUAAGCUACUUCCCUUCAAAAGGCUACAAAACUGAUGUGAAGUGUUGUAAUAACUUAAAGAAUUUGUAACAGAUUCUGACCUAAACUUUGUGGUAAUUUGGGCAGAAUUUCAAAGAAAUGUGCACAUCGGUACAGUUAAAUAUUUCCUUAAUUUCUAUGUUUUGAAUAGUUCUCUAAAAAUGUGUGGGUCUACUUGGGUCUAUUUUUACACAAAAUGUGCCAGAUUUAUGAUGAAUAUGUUUAACAAGAAAGAAAAAAAAGAAGCAAAAGUAAAGCAUGUAAGUGAUGAUGUCUGCACCUUCUCAGCCCUGAUGAAAGAUCAUUGCUGCUGUUCCUGUAAUGGUUUUGAAUAAAGCUAAACUGGAAUCUA